AUGUUGAUGGGUGACUACAAUGUGCCUCCAUUGGAGAUUCUUUCCUUCCUCUAUCCAUUCAUUGGAAUAUUCGUUCAUUGUUUUGAACUGUACCUUAUUAUUUGGAAGACACCGAAGUUCGUCCAGUCGCGGAUUCCUCAGGCCAUCAGAGCAGUGGGUUUCUUAAAAAAUCUUUUUUGAAAAAUUGCCCAAACUAUUACGAACACGGCAGAUAUCUAUUAAAAUUUUGACGCGAUCGUUUUUGAAAGGUUCCUCAGUUGCUAUUGAAAAAAGCGCUGAGGAAAGCGCGCUCCACAGAUCUCAGAAGAAAAUAAAUUAAAAAAAGGAACUUUUGAAUUUUUUUGAAAUUUCUUUCGAGUGGCAUACUUACAGAAAGUCAUUGUCAGGCUCUCUAUUUUUCCAGCAACCUCAAAAAUUUUAAAGCAUACUUUAUCCGUUUUAUUCGAGACUCAACCAUGAGAAUAAUUUUUUCAGAUGCUUGCGAUUCCAAUCAAUUUCAUGACUAAAGACAGCGGUUUUGGAUUUUCGAGGAUUUCUGGUUUGGGAGAAGACUGGAUGGCGGAAAAUGUGACGGUGUUUGGUCACGAAGAAAUAACGAUAACCGUUCCGGAUCAAUUUGUAGGUUUCUUUUUUUUCCAAUUUUUCGUUCUUUCAAAUCCAACGGAGCUUUAGAUCGAGCUAUAAAAAGUUUCAUUCAGACUGGACUAAUAAUGUUCAGUCCACUGACUCUCGGCACGAUCCUCCAUAUACAGUAUGCCAAUCUUCGUUGCGUGACCCUAGAUCAGUUCAAAAAGCCAUUAUGGGAAUAUCGGCUGAACGUUGGUCUCAUCUACCUUUUUUCCUUCGUAUCAACAUUUCCAGCUGCAGCUUCGGUGAUUGAUAUCUGAACAGAAAAUGAAUUAAAUCGGAGUUUUAGAACGCCAAAGUUUCGAAGAGUGUACAAACUUUCGGCCUUCUUCUUCAUAUCAUUUACGUCAUUAGUUAUUGUAGGGAAAUUCUUGAAUUUCAUGAAAAACUUUUUUUUAGUUGGCUCGGCGUUGAAAUUCUCCUGCGAGAUUUGGGAAAGCUUCAGUCGUUUGAAGGUGUUCAGUACGUCGCAAAACGCGAGAAACGUUGAGAAAAGGGAGUUUUUGGCCAUCCAAAUACAGGUACUUUUUUCUGAAGGCAAAUCAGUUGAUUUAAUGUAGAUUGAGAGAAAAAUACAGGGUGAAAAACAGUCCAGAAUCCUUAUAAAAAGGGUCAUUUUAACACUUCUUUGUUUACAUUAUACAUAUGGACCAAAUCGAUUUUAGGUCGAAUUUCGGAUAAAACGUCAGAAAAUGAAACUUUUUCAGACCCUGGUCCCAUUCGUGGCUAUAAUUAUCCCAACUUCAUAUAUUAUUCUGCUUUUUUCGGGAAUAUUUCUUCCAAAUCGAAACAUUUGUCUUAUCAGCUCCGUUCUCUGCUUUUCCUAUGUACCGAUGUCUAUUUCUGUACUCAUAUCAACACACAAAAAGUACCGAAAUUGGUUCAUGAGAAGCUGUCUAUAAAAAUUGAGGUCAGAGCUAUUUUCUUUGAGGAGACAUUAAUUAACUUUAUAGGUUGUAGUUUUGAAUCAUCCAAAUUCUGUCCUGUUCAAACCGAUUUUUCACUUCAACUUUUCUUAAACUUUUUUUUCAAUUUUAUUUCCACUUCCUCCGCCUGGCGACCUUUUGAUAAACGAAUACUGGUGAAAAACUUUCCAAUUUUCCUUGGGAAGCCAGGAAACGGCGAAUGUGGAUUGACGGUCGUUAUAUUACUUCUUUUGAAGCUUUUUCCCUAACAUAUCCCCACCUUGGAAUAUUCGUCCAUUGCUUCGAAUUGUACCUCAUCAUUUGUAAAACUCCCAAAUUCGUCCAAUCGAAGGUUCCUCAGGCCAUCAGAGCGGUCUGUGUACUUCUUAGUCCAUAAAGUUCACAUUUGUCCUCUGAAAAGAACUAUAUAACGAUAUCGAUGAUUCACAUUUGAAUUCAAUGAUUUCAAAGAAUAGUUUUACCGAAGAAAAAAUAUGGUUUUGCGUACUCUUGACUCAGUAAAAGGAAUUUUCACCAUCAACUCUUUUUUCAAUGUUGUUUUUAAAGAUCUAAUUUCGGGAAGAGCAAAUCCACAUCGAACCUUUUGUCUCAUUAACUGCGUUUUAUGUAUUUCACAUUUUUCAAGCGUUAGUUUUAACAAAUUAUAAGAAAGUUGGUUAAAUGUUUAGGUCCAAAGAAGGUCAACUCAUCUCAAGAAAGCAUAAAGACUAUUGUUGUUGUGGAGAAAUAAACGGAGAUCUCGUAUGCAUAUAUCGAAAUUUCAUUGGAAAAGUUGUUGGAUUUUUAAUUUUGGAUCUAAACUUAUCAAGUUAUCCCGCUUACCUUGCGCUCUAUAGAGGUUAUGAUUUUAAACUAGGUCUUGAAUUUUUUUUUUGAUGUUAAAAGAAAAAUUUACAACAAAACAACCACUUAUUUUGAUCCAACUUCAAAAAAAAAAGUGAUAAAUUGGAGGCUUUACGCAACAAAAGUGCAGACACACAAGUGUAUACGCCAGAAUGCAGACUCUCACAUACAGUAAUCCUCGGAAAUGGAAAACUCAUGAAAAAAACACCACCUCGCAAUCUCGUGGCCACUUAUCAGCCCAUAAGAAGACAGGUGGUAGUUGAAAAUCCAAAUUUCACCAAAAAUUUCAGAAACAAAGUUUUUGUUCGGCAAUAGGUUCAUGUCUCUAUGGGAUCUUUUCAUUUUUUUCUACCCAUUCAUUGGAAUUUUUGUUCAUUGUUUCGAGCUAUAUCUCAUAAUUUGGAAAACACCAAAGUUUGUCCACUCGAGGAUCCCGCAAGCCAUCAGAGCGGUUUGUUUUAUUUUUUUUAAAGGAUGAAACAUUUGACGCUUGAGAUGUGCUUUUUUUGUAGAUUUGUGAAGGAACCCGUGCUCCACAGGUAAUUGAAGCGAGACAGUAGAUUUAUUAAGAUGUUUGUUUUGUUGGUUCAGUCAUAGAUGGGAUCUAUUAGGCGGUGAACAAGAACUUUUAAAGUUAUAACGAACAUCCGUCUUUGGCGAACUUGAAGUCCAAACGGGUAGUUGAUCAAGUUGAAAGCAUGGUCUUACGGUCAUUCGCUUCGUUCUUCUGCUCAUAGUCCAUCCAGUUGCACCUUGAAAGACUCAAAAUGUUGCGCAUGUUGUUCUAGAUCCCGGGGUCGUGCUCUAGGCGGAAGCCUUGGAAUUAGAGCGACCACAUCGAGUGCACACGGAUUUCAUGAAAUUUAGCGUGUUUUCCAAUAACUACCUCUAGUUCUGAAUUUAACUCGAGCCAUUUCCAGAUUCUCGCGAUUCCCAUCAAUUUCAUGACCGUGGAUGGCGGUCUCGGGUUUUUAUUCAUCCCAGAACUAGGAGACGAUUGGAUGAACCAAAAUGUAACAGCACUAGGCAGCGAAAUCGUCCAAAGAACGGGUCGUGAGCAGUUUGUGAGUUCAAAUAACCAUUCAAAAACUUCAACAAAAAAAAAAUUCAGCUUUUGGGUUUUGUUUGAAAUAAGUCUCAUUUCAGACAGGACUCGUCUGGUUGAGCCCAUUAAACCUGGCAGCGAUCCUUCACAUACAGUACGCCAAUCUUCGUGGCGUGACCCUCGACGAGUUCAAAAAACCACUUUGGAGAUAUUGCCUCAACGUUGGCCUUAUCUAUAUCUUUUCCACGGUCUCAGGAUAUUCAGCUGCAUCUUCUGUGAACUGAAAACCCAAAAAAACCAACGAUGAACUCGAAAUUGCAGACCUCCAAAAUUGAAUCGGCCGUUCUUCUUGGCUGUUUGCUUUCACAGUACAUAUAUAGCAUCAUUUAUGGUGAGACUAUUUUGAAAUUCCAAGUGAUCAUGGGAUUUUUCAAAGUUGGGCUGACGUUGAAGUUUUCGUGGGACAUUUGGCAGAAUUUUAGUCCUUGGAAGGGCAUCAAUAUCUCGGAAAGUACGAGGAAAAUGCAGAGGAAAAUUUUUCUGGCCAUUCAAAUUCAGGUGAUCUUUUUCUAUUCACAACUCCAACCACAGUAUUUGUGACUUUUUGCAUACAAUCAUGCUCUAUCUAUAUUUAUUUUCCACCUGUAAAUGAAAAAAAAAACCAAACUUGAACGAUUUCAGACUCUUGUCCCUUUUACGACUAUAUUUAUUCCAACUUCUUAUGCUAUUCUGCUUCUCACGGGAAGCGUUGUACUCAACCAAUUUUUCUGUAACAUCAAUUCAUUUUUGUGCUUUUUAUAUCUACCAAUUUCGGUUUUUGUACUCGUCUUCACACAUAAAAAUCAUCGGGAUUGGUUUUUGAAAAAGCUAUUUUUAUACUUCAAGAGUUGGUUUUAUGAAGAGUUCUGACAAUUCAGUUUAUUCUUCAGGUCCAAAUACAGUUAGUUCAGCUGGAGAUGAUAUGAAGACCGUGGUUGCUACUGUCAAUUGAAGAGACUAUUUUUCUGGAUGACUUUAAAAUACCUCCAACAGAUAAAAAAUAGCUCAAGCAUUUCCAGUUGUCUCUUCAAAGGCGUUUGAAAAUAAAUUUUAAUGACCAUAUUUCUUUGAAAAUGAAAGAUCUGCACAUACUCCUUCUUCUUGAAACUUUGAAAAAUUGUUUUUUUUAAGAUCAGGUACACAAACUAAUCAAUUUACAACUGAUAGCCAUCUGACGAAAUUUUCAACGUUUCCAAAUCGUAAGUUGUGGUUCAAAAAAAGGUCAAGUAAGUUUAAUUUUCAGAUGAAAAUGCAAUUGCACCUGCCUACAGUGAUAAGAAAACAGCUGCCGAAAAAAGAGCGCCUUUUUGAUCAUUUUUUAAAAGAGAAAUAUAUCAUUUUUGAAGAAUAUUUAUCUCAUUUCUACCACCCGAGUGGUCGGUCUUCAUUUCGCUCUCGCCUGAGAUUUAAUCCGACGCCCGUCAGCCCUGGACAAGCUGGGCGCCGUACUGUUCCUACAUGGAGAAGCAGUGAUUGUCGGAGCGCUCGAAAACCGUUUACUACAAUCACAAGAAAAGCGAGAUGCUCUACGCGCCGUCUACGCUUGAUCAACGACAGUUUCGCAAACCGACGAACAACUCUUCAAUUAUUCCAUGAUUCAGCAGAGUACCUUCUCUGAAGACUGAAUAAAAGUUUUCAAAGUUUCAAAGAAGAAUAUUUCGGAGUGUUCUUCCUUCAAGGAAGGCAUAUCAGUUUACUGUGAUUGCAGUAGAACAAGACUGAUUUAUAGGAAGGACGUUGAAGAAAUCGAAGGGUAGUUGAAUGAGAGAUUUUUCAAAUUUGAGCUCAUUUAAAUCAGUUUGAACUAACUAUUGAAUGAAAACCUGGUUUUUAAUUAUUAUUUUUUUCAUUUGUAGGUUCAUUUUCAAAGAAUAACUCCACUUCUACUUUUUCGAGAUAUAAACAUGAACAAAGAUCCGCCUGACAAACUUUUCAGGAGGAUAAUUUGGUUGAAAAAUAGAAGAAAUUACCGAUCCGAAGGAGUUUCGAAUAGCAGAAUUGUCAACAGAUUUUUAAUGUCUGAUGACUGAAAAUGACCAAUUUUGCGUGGCGAUCUUUUAGCAUGAGUAAACAGGCAAUUAUUCGAAUUAAAUCUGAAACAAAAAACAAAAGAAAUAGUCAAAAAGCAUAAGUGCAUCGGCAAAGAUCUCAUAAUGCCUCCAUUGGAGUUUUACUCGUAUCUGUACCCAUUUAUGGGAAUUUUCGUCCAUUUAUUUGAACUGUACCUCAUUAUUUGGAGAACGCCAAAGUUUGUACAGUCGAGAAUUCCUCAGGCCAUCAGAGCGGUUCGUUUCUCGUUUUUUAGAGAAAAAGUCCAUUUUGUCUCAUAAUGCCUUCAAGUCCAAAAAGUCCGUUUGACCUCGGAAUCCGAUAAACAGAUCUGAAAGAUAGUCCUGGCAACCGAAACUUGCUCAGAGCCUCCAAUUUUCGUUACGAAACCCGACAUUUAAAAAAAAACUGUUUCGUUAGAAUUUACUGUGUUUUUUUUUCCAAACGGACUGAGAUCUUACUGUGUUCGCAAGCUAAAGAACAGAUUUCCAGCUGCUCGCGAUUCCUAUCAACAUCAUGACCCAAGACAGCGGGUUUGGAUUCUCCAUGAUUCCGGAUUUGGGUGAAGAUUGGGUGAACGUAAAUGUAACGGCUUUCAACGACGAAGAGUUGACAAAAACGGUCGGAGGGCAUUUCGUAAGUUUUUUCAUACCUGGAUGUGAUUUUCCGGUUUUAGAAAACAGGAUUUUGAAGCUCAGACUUGGUCAAAUUUCAUGUCAAUAGAACUCUUGAAUUUGAAGUUUUCAUUGGCAAAAAAGAGCUUCUAGAAGACCUUCCUUCGAAUGAUUAAUAAUCCAUUUUUUUCCAGACAGGGCUCCUGUUGUUCAGCCCAAUAACUCUCGGCACCAUUCUCCACAUACAGUAUGCCAAUCUUCGUUGCGUGACCCUCGACGAGUUCAAAAAACCCCUGUGGAAGUAUCGGCUGAGCGUUGGCUUCAUCUACAUCUUCUCUAUCAGCUCGGGAUGCUUGUUAUCCUUUGCUGUCGGUUAUAAUCCAAACAGACACGAUAUUCGAUUGGCUACGAAAGAAAAAGUUGCGCCUCUCGAAAUGCGCGUAUUUUGCCUAUUUCUUCAGUUUUUCUAUACAACCGUUUUCGGUAAGAAGAAAGAAAAAUCGAAAAUUCAACAAUUGAUUUCAGUUGGUUUGACGUUGAAGUUCUCAAGGAGCAUUUUGAAAAGUUUCAACCCUCUGAAAGGCGUCAAUAUUACGGAUAAUACACGGAUUAUGCAAAGGAAAAUCUUUCUGUCGAUUCAAUUACAGGUGAACUUUUUGAAUUGAAGUUCGAGCAUUAAGCUAUUUUCUAAAUAAGUUUUCAAAGAUCUGCGCAUAAUUGACAAACUUUAAAAAAAAAUAUUUUCAGACUCUUGUUCCAUUCGUGGCUAUAAUUAUCCCAACUUCCUAUAUAAUUUUGCUUCUUUCGGAAAAAGCGAGUCCAAAUCGAUCACUCUGUAUUUUCUGCUGGAUUUUGAGCUAUUCCUAUGUCCCGAUUUCUGCCUGUUUGCUCAUUUUCACGCAUAAAAAUCAUCGAGAUUGGUUUAUAAGGAAACUGUCGAUAUUUGAGAAACGUAAGCUUUAUGGUCAUUCAAAAACAUUCUAACCUUGCUUUUAAGGUUCGAGUAUCAAAUCCCUGGAAGAUAAUAUGAAUACUAUCGUCGUCGUACAUAAAUAAACCUCCGAAGUCCUACUUCUAAAGAGAAACUGCCUGUUAAAAAUGUCAUUGAAAUUUUGCCUCUAAGUCAAAUAGUCAUAUCAAGUGAAUAAAAUGAAAAUUGUUCAUCUCUUGUUGAAAGUUUUACACUUGAAGAUAUGCUAUGGCCUGCGUACCACGACUUGGAAUUUUACCUUAUUCCGCUGUGCCGCUGCGCGCCUUUGCGAAAUUCGGUCACGCUUUUAAUAAGGUAUCCUACUUUUUAUUUGCUCCAACAGCAAUAACAAUAAAUUGAAAGCGUAACCUAUAUUCGAAUGACGCUUUGCGAACGCACGCAGCGGAACAGCGGAAUGUCGUUCCGUGAAAUUUCGAGUCGUGGCACACAGAUUAUAGCCUUUAAUAAGAUUUGCAUGAAAAUCGUUGAAAUGUUCGAAUAUGGGAGCUUUAUGCGGAAAUAAUAUAAAAAAAACACAGAAGCCUUUGGAAAAAAAGGUUAAAAAAUUAAUCCUUUUGCAAAAUCCUAGUGUGCUGAUCAGUUUGAACUUGGCUGGUGCCAAAACCUGUGCUUUUUUCGAAGUUUCUCAUCCCGAGAUCUGAAUGAAGAAGUCAAAAGUACAACUAAAUGUUUCUCUUUUUUUGUCUAACAAAGCAACCCUUGUUAGACAAAAAAAAAGAGCGAAACCUUCUAAUUUGAGGAGACUUCGUAUAGUUGUCAACAGGUUUUCAACUGACCAAAAGCUUUUUUCCCCUCGUGGCCAUUUUCAGAAUGAGUAAACUGGCAAUUAUUAAUACUAAAAUUAGAACAAAAACUGAGGAAAUGCUAGUGAAAAAAUAUCUAUUCCUUGUCCAAAAUGUCUCCGUCGGAAAUUUUCUCUCAUUCUUACCCGUUCGUUGGGAUAAUUGUCCAUUGUUUCGAGCUUUAUCUAAUUAUUUGGAAAACUCCAAAGUUUGUUCAGUCCAGGAUUCCGCAGGCCAUCAGAGUGGUUAGUUCCUAUUUUUUGAAAGAUAUGAAAAAACUCGAUGCAAGCGCUUUUUUUUUGAAAAUCCACUUUUUGAAAAAAGAAGCGCUGAAGAAGGUGCGCUCCACAGACAGAUACUGUGUUAUUCUUAUUCUAAUUUUUGAGGGGGGUUGGGGGCGGUGCAUCUGUUAAGAACCUCACAAGGGAAACCAUUCAAAGUUUCGUUUUCUGAUGGAUGAAAACCAUGAUUUAACCUAUAGGCUACGAAGUCAUUAAAAUCCAUUUCCAGAUGCUUGCCAUUCCUAUCAAUUUCAUGACUAAGGACAGCGGAUUCGGAUUCUCCAUGAUUCCCGAUUUGGGUGACGAUUGGAUGAACGUGAAACUAACGGCGCUUGACAACAAAGCCUUUUCAAAAAUGCUUGGAGCGUAUUUCGUAAGUUUUUCAAGAAGCUAGCGAAGACCUGAAACUCAACUUUGUGGAAACAAUCAUUCUGAUGAGAUUCUCAUUCUGUUCUCUUUUGAUUUCUAAAAACCAGAACAUGAUUUUGGGAGCCAAAAAAGUGCAUGUCUUUUAUAAGCCCGCUGAAAGUUGACGCCAAACUCUGAUACUCUUGAUAGCUCAUGCCUUGAAUAUAUGUUUUUUUCAUUCACUCUUCUCUUCAGCAAGGACUCCUCCUGUUUAGCCCGAUAACUCUCGCCACGAUUCUUCACAUACAGUACGCCAAUCUUCGUUGCGUGACCCUCAACGAAUUCAAAAAUUCUUUAUGGAGAUAUCGGCUGAAUGUCGGCCUCAUAUAUAUUUUUUCCUUCUUCUCAGGAAACUUGUUAUCUUUCUCUGCGGCUUAUAAUCCAAACCAACGAGCAGUUAUGAUAUCUUUUAUACACGAAGUUUCAACCAAUGAAAUGCGCUUUUUCUGUUUAUUCCUUCAAUUUUUCUAUACAAUCAGUUAUGGUGAGGAGAAUAAAUGAAUUUGAAAAAGGAUCAUUAUUUAAGGUGGCUUGACGUUGAAGUUCUCAAGAGACAUUUUACGAAGUUUCAACCCUCUGAAAGACGUCAAAAUUACUGAUAGUACACGAAAAAUGCAAAAGAAGAUCUUUCUGACUAUUCAAAUUCAGGUAAACUUUCCAAAACUGUUUUUUAGAAUCGGCAGAACUUGUAGUUUUGAAACGAGAUUUAAUUUUCUUGAAUUUGAGCCAUAGAUAGAAAACUUGAACAAAUAAAAAGUAUUUCUAGACUCUCGUUCCAUUUGUGGCUAUAAUUAUCCCAACUUCCUAUAUAAUUUUGCUUCUUUCGGAAAAAGCGAGUCCAAAUCGAUCUCUCUGUAUUUUCUGCUGGAUUUUGAGCUAUUCCAAUGUCCCGAUUUCUGCCUGUUUGCUCAUUUUCACACACAAAAACCAUCGAGAUUGGUUUAUAAGAAAACUGUCAAUAUUUGAGAAACGUAAGCUUCACAGUUAUUUGAAAAAUCUUCUAACCUUGAUUUUAAGGUGCGAGCAUCAAAUCGGUGGAGGAUCACAGGAAUACUGUCUUUGUCGUUCAAAAGUAGACGGUCGUAAUUUUCUUUACUGUGGCAUAAAAAAUAUUAUCAAAAAUAACUAUUUUGAACAUUUUCAUCGACAAAUUCAGAUCGCGACAUAUUUUUUGAUGCUGAUGUUAAAAAAUGAAAAAAAAAAACGACCGUCUAAUUUUAGAGGCUUUGCGUAGUUCAGGUGUCAACAGAUGUUUAAUGUCUGAAAAUGACCGAAAUCUACAUUUCCGUUUUGAGCCGAUCUUUCAUCAUCAGUAAACGGAUAAUUAUGAGAUUCACGCUAACGAAAAAAAAAAGCAACUGUCAGAAAGAAAAGUGAUGCCUCCGUCUGAGAUUUUGUCCUUACUUUACCCCGUGCUCGGGAUUUUUGUACACUGUUUUGAACUUUACUUAAUCAUUUCGAAAACGCCAAAGUUUGUUCAGUCAAGAAUCCCACAGGCCAUCAGAGCGGUACGUUUUUUUGAGUUCACAAAAAAAGCAAAAACUGGAAGAACAAUUUUAUUUUUUUCAAAAAAAUCUUUUUUUAAUUGACACGCUUUUUGAAUCAAAAAAACAAAAAAAGAAUCGACUCUUUUUUUCACAGACAGUCUAUGGCCGCGAAAGAUUGAUUACAAUAUUUUAGAGCCUCUUUUUCCGAAAUUUUUCCGAGAUUUUUUCUAAAUUUUAUCACGGUCUCAAAAAAACUCUAACUCCAAUCUUCCCUAAACGAAUUUUUUCAGUUGCUCGCAAUCCCCAUCAAUUUUUACAACCAAGAAAGCGGUUACGGAUAUUCAGUGAUUCCUGAUUUGGGUGAAGAUUGGGUAGACGUGAAUUUAACGACGCUUGACGACAACAGAUUGACCAGAACUGUUGGAAAGCAUUUUGUGAGUUUUCAAAAAUACUCCUUCUAUUUCAAAGUUUGAGGAAUAUUCUGAAAUGAGAUCUUUUGAUGUAACAGAAUGGUCUAAAUUGUAAAUUUCAAAACACAAAUUUCUUAAUUUUCCAAGAAAAUCGAAAAUUGUAAGUUCUGCAACUUGAGACCAGCAGGACCAUUACGUGGAACAACUAGAAUUAUUAAAAAAAAAGAAUAAUUUUGAACCUGAGGGAAGCAUCAGACUAUUAGAUGACUAAACGGCUUUUCUUUGCUUCUUGCUAAACUUUUAAUAAAUUCGCGAACCUCAAAUUGUCCGUCUAGGGAAUCAAAGAGCUUCUAGAAAGCUGAAAGACUCGAGACGCUCCCAAAAACGAAAAAACAUUGGUCUCAAAACGAACAUAACUUUCUACGUUUUUCUUAUGGAUAUUAUAACUCCGAUGUUUUUGGUUACUAAAAAUGAUCUUUAACAGAUCAUAUUAAUUAUCUUUCAAUGUGAGGAUUUUUAUGGAGAAAUAAAAAUAUUUUCCGCUUGCCAUUUUCAUUGAAUUUGCGCUGAAACUCGUAGAAUUCAAUACUUAUGAAAAAUGGACGCAGUUUUAGGUAGGACUCCUAUUAUUCAGUCCCUUAGCUCUUGGAACGAUUCUCCACAUACAGUAUGCCAAUCUUCGUUGCGUGACCCUAAACGAGUUCAAAAAAUCAAUUUGGAUAUAUCGGCUAAACGUCGUCCUAAUUUAUAUUUUUUCCGUCACUAUGGGACUUUUGUUAUCUUUCUCUGUGGUUUACGAUGCGAAGAAAUAUCUGAUUCAAUUGGCUUUGCAACAUAAACUCGCUGUUAUUGAAAUGCGUAUUUUCUGCUUUUAUGUUCAGGUCGUUUAUACUAUUAGUUACGGUGAGUAGAAAAAAAAAUGAAAUAUUCAAAGGUUUAUUCAGUUGGUUUGACAUUGAAAUUCUCUUGGAAUAUUUUGGAAAGUUUCAACCCCCUGAAGGGUGUUCAUAUUACUCAAACUACGCGAAAACUGCAAAGGAGGAUUUUUCUGGCGAUCCAAGUACAGGUACUUUUUGAACUUAUUUUCUUCAAAGUCUCAAAAAUUCAAGUUAGAUAAAAUCAAAACAAACGAAAAACUUUGAUGAAAAAAAAAUUCUCAGACUCUCGUUCCAUUUGUGGCUAUAAUUAUUCCAACUACCUAUAUAAUUUUGCUUCUUUCGGAAAAAGCGAGUCCAAAUCGAUCACUCUGUAUUUUCUGCUGGAUUUUGAGCUAUUCCUAUGUCCCGAUUUCCGCCUGUUUGCUUAUUUUCACGCAUAAAAAUCAUCGAGAUUGGCUAAUCAGAAAGCUUUCCAUAACGGAUAAACGUGAGUUUUGUAAAAUCAGAAUCCAAUCAUUUUUAAUUUCAAGGUUUGAGUAUCGCCAGAUCGUUAGUCGAAAACAUGAAUACCGUCGCCGUCGCCCAUAAUUAAGAAUCGGCAUCUACUUCUAGGGAGAAUUCGCGCCAAGGCCGAACUCCUGUGUCCAUUUGAGGUCUUCAGACAUUAUUACGACACCGAACGCCGUCUAAAAUCCUCUAAAAGCCCAACUUGUUCAUACGCAGUAUUCUACACAAGCUAAGCAACAUGGCCUCUUUUCAGUCCACCCGUCCUCACUGUCGUAGAGAUACGUGUGAAGGAAGACGCCUAUAAAUACUUAGGGCGAUAUUUGGAAACUGUUGAACUCGAUACUCCGCCCUCGUUUGAAGUUUGGUCUCGUAAAGGUGAUGCGGCUAAGUCGCCAAAAACAGCGAUCUGCUCGCGAAUCUCCCGCGCCAGAGGUCCGUGGCAAGAGACAUAGGUCAAAUCUGCUUCCGUGCUUGCAAAGACCUUUGGGUCAUUUCGUCCACCCUCAGGGAUGGUUCGGACUGCCUUGUUGUUUACCUCAAUACAAGCUUCUUCCAACCUUUAUGUUCGUCCCUACCUAGAAAACGUUCUUGAAGUCUUUAGCUGGCCCCUUACCAGUGUCUUUUUUUCCCACCUUGAGAAACCGAUGGCCAUCCUGGUAAAAUCGCUCGUUAGGGCUGUUCCAUAUCGGGUUCCUUUGCACUCAAAUAUUUUUAUUCUGUACCAUGUAUUUUUGCUUGAGCGAAAGGAAUACAUGAAUAAAUAAUGUUUUCGUUGUUCAGAAGCCGACCUUGAAGUCCUACUCUUAAAAAGGAGUCACCUCGAACAAAAGCUCGAAAUUUUCCUCAAAUUUGUGUUUAAAGUCAUAUAAAGCUGUUAGGAUAAAAACCUAAACAUUUUUGCUCGCAACCGCUGUUCGCAGAUAAUUUUUGGAUGCAUGGGUGGAAAAAUAAGGAAAAACUACCAAUAUUUUAAUUUUGGGGCUUUUGAGAAGUGGAGGCGUCAACAGGUGUUUAAUUUUUGAUGGCUGGAAGUGACUAAAACCUUUUUUCCCCCUGUCGAUCUUUCAUCCUCCAUAAACUGAUAAUUAUGAGAAUCCAGCUACAGAAAACAAAACAAAAGCAAUAGUUCGAACGAAGUAAUGCCUGCGACUGAGAUUUUGUCCUUACUCUAUCCCGUGUUCGGAGUUUUUGUACACGGUUUCGAACUGCACCUGAUUAUUUCAAAAACGCCAAAGUUUGUUCAGUCCAGAAUCCCACAGGCCAUCAGAGCGGUGAGCUAUUUCGAAAAAAAAAACAAUAAAAAGGUUCAUUUAUUCGGUUUGCUCAAGCGCCGCAGAACCUGACGGAAAACUAGGAAGAGAGUUUUUUUUUAUGAAUUUUAAUUUUCAAUGAUCUUUUUAUCAAAAAGGGUUGACUGCUCUUCAGAGACAGUCAUGAGCGCAAAAGAUUGAUCCCAAUAUAUGAAAUUUUUCUUCAAGAUUUUUCAAAGUUUUGUUAAAUAAAGCUUCAACUCCAAGUUUCCAAAUUAAUUUUUUUUCAGUUGCUUGCGAUCCCGAUCAAUUUUUACAACCUGCAGAGCGGUUACGGAUAUUCAGUGCUUCCUGAUUUGGAUGAAAAUUGGGUUGACGUGAAUUUGACAAUGCUGAACAGCAACAACUUGACAAAAACUGUUGGAGAGCAUUUUGUAAGUUUUCAUCACGUCAAUUACAAACUUUUAAUCGGGUAUUCUGAGACGUUGGGUCUUUUUUUCUUGAAAAAGAAAAAAUCUGCAUUUUGAAAUAACCAGGAUCAUUACGUGCUAAAGUUAGAAGUUUUUGACGAGUUCUCAAAACUUCUUUGCUAAUUUCAUGGUUCUCAUUUAGGCAGGACUUUUAUUGUUCAGUCCCAUAGCUCUUGGCACAAUUCUCCACAUACAGUAUGCCAAUCUUCGUUGCGUGACCCUCGACGAGUUCAAAAAAUCAGUUUGGAUAUAUCGACUGAAUAUCGUCCUUAUCUAUAUUCUUUCCGUCAUUGUGGGAUUUUUGUUAUCUUUCUCUGUGGUUUACCAUCCGAGGAUAUUAAUGGCUCCAUUGCCUUUCAAUUAUAAACUCGCCGUUUCAGAAAUGCGGGUUUUCUGCUUUUAUGUUCAGGUCGUUUAUACUCUCAGCUAUGGUGAGUACAAAUGAAAAUGAAAUAUUUAAUGAUUUUUUUUCAGUUUUCUUGGCGUUGAAGUUUUCUUGGAACAUAUUGGAAAAUUUUAAUCCUCUGAAAGGUGUUAAUAUCACUCAAUCAACACGAAAAAUGCAAAGAAAAAUUUUUCUGGCCAUACAAAUUCAGGUACUUAUUAAGGUUUUUUUAAAAAGUUCUGAUAGAAUGCAAAAUUACGGUUUGAAGGAUCAAGACAUACAACGAUAUAAAAUAUAAAAUAUUUAAAACAUAUUUUCAGACUCUCGUCCCAUUUGUGACUAUAAUUAUUCCAACAUUCUAUAUAACUUUUCUUCUUUCGAAAAAAGCGAGUCCAAAUCGAUCAUUCUCUAUUUUCUGCUGGUUUUUGAUCUAUACCUAUGUCCCACUUUCUGGCUGUUUACUUAUUUUCACUCACAAGAACCAUCGAGAUUGGCUAAUCAGAAAGCUUUCCAUAACGGAUAGUCGUGAGUUCUAUGAUGAUAAUAUUAAAUCAUUUGUGGUUUUAAGGUUUGAGUAUUGUCAAAUCUUUAGUCGAGAAUAUGAAUACCGUCGUCGUUGCUAAUAAUUGAAGUUUCGACAUCUGCUUCAGAGAAGAAAUUUCCUUUUCGCUUGUAAAAAAAAAGUAUGAAUCUGAAACUUUGUCUCACACAUGCAUUAAUUGUCAUAUAGCAUUGUUUUGAACAAAAUAAAUUCCAUUAGUACCGUCUUUCUUGAGAUUGAAGCUUCGAGAAGAAUACCAAAAAUAGAUUAUCUUUUAACGGUAAAAAAUCUUGAAAGAAAGUUUGGUUCUUUUAUUAGUUUUUUCAAGCAAACUAUCUUUUAUAGUCAAGAAAGCAUUGUAAAAAAACAAAUAAAAACUUCAGUGAUUUCAAAAUAGCUAUCUCACGUCAAUUUUUUCGAUUUUUACGGCUCUUUCCUCAGAAAAUUACAAAAAAUCGGAAAAAUGUUUAUGCCACUCUAUUUUCGAGGUUCACUGUAAGUGCAAUCUUUUUUUAGGACCUUUUUCAUUACAAGGAAGCAGGUGAAAUUAAAAACAGUUGAACUUCCGCUAGAACUUCAAUCAGAGCACAAAUGUGGAAGGUUGAGGAAAACGGUGGGUCUGCAAUUGAAUUUUACACCUACUCUUACCCGCUUUUUGGGGUUUUCGUUCACUGUUUCGAACUGUAUCUCAUUAUUUGGAGAACGCCAAAGUUUGUCCAAUCGAAGAUCCCUCAGGCCAUCAGAGCGGUUAGUUUUUUUUUUGUUCCGUUUGAGAAACUUGAAUGAGACUUAACACGGUCACUCGGCAAAUAUACCAUAUGCGCUUUCUUAGCAAAUUAUUUUUGUGAGUUUAUUUUUCUCAACAAAUUUUCCUUCCUUGAAAAAACUACGAGUCUUUUUUCCAAAUCAAAAUCAUCAGAAGUCGGUUUUCAGCUUCUCGCAAUUCUCAUCGAUUUCGCGACUCAAGAAAGCAGUUUGGGAUAUUAUAACAUCGCAAAUCUGGGAGCCGAUCAGAUGGACAUUGAUAUAAAACUCAUGGCCGGGAUAAACGGAAAAUUAACAGGAAGCCAACAUUUUGUGAGCGUUUUUUCUUUUGCGUCAUUCUGAAAAUUAUAGAUUUAUUACACAUUUUUUAAUUUGUUCAAAAAAAGUUUUUGAAGAACUUUAUUCGAAAUUCAAUUGAUGCCCUUAUCUGAUAAGGCUUGUCAUGAUGUCAAGGUUCAUAGCACAUUAACGCAUAAACUGCGAGCUUUCCUUUUUUAUUUGAAAGUAUUCAACUUGGUUGAAAAGGCUUCAAAAAAGUUUCACAGGCGAGCGAGAGCUCUAGUAACUAUUGUAAGAAAUAAAAAAUGAAUGCAUUCUGAAGCGAUUCCAAAAGCAAGUAGCCUGAUGGUCCUACAACAUUUUUAGUUGGGACUCCUGGGGUUCGGCCCAUUGAGUCUCGCCGCGAUCCUCCACAUACAGUACGCCAAUCUUCGUUGCGUGAUGCAGGACGAGUCGAAAAUAGCUUUAUGGAAAUAUCGUAGGAACGUUGGAUGGAUGUUCAUCGUUUCUAUGGUCACAGGGUAUUUGGUUGCCUCCAGUGUGGGUUGCGACUUUAAAGGCAUAGGGGCAGUAAAAAAUGGGGUUUCGGGUGAAAGAAGUAUCUUAUAUAGUUUUUCUUUGCGAAUCGAAUGGUGUACUCAAAAAAAUUACAGUGUGACAACUUUAGAAGAAAAACGCGAUUUUACUUUCCCGCCAUUAAUUUUGAAAAAAGCUUUGGAUCGGUAUGCAGACAACUGUUUACAGUAGUCGUGCACGCGAUGUUGCGGACGUCUCAUUAA